CAUGAUGAGCUUUUUAGGGAGAAAUUUGGAUCAGGGUUUGUGAGGUCUCUUAAGGCUAGGUGUACGAUGAGAUAAGAUUACUAUAAACUUCGAUAUGUAGCCUAUUGGUUUAGCACAUACUUCUGAAACCACAAUCUUCAUGGGAAUGCCCGUUUCUCUGUAUUUUACAUUAUUUUGCUGUGUUAAUACUUGAGAGUGGUGAUCUAAGAUAGAAGUAUUUGAAAAUUUUUAUGUGUAUUAUUCAGUUUUCUAUGAUAGUCCAUGACUCAAAUAUGGCUUUCAGAUAGAUUUAGCUGUUUUAGUUCAGUACAUGUGAAAUAUGACAUGUCUUUGGUGCUUUCUAUUGAUCUUGCCAACAUGGUGACAAGGAGGACCAUUCACGCUCCUAAAGCAUGUUUACAUGCUUUGCUGGGUUAUCUCAGUCCUCCCUGAUCAAAUAUAGCAAUAAAAAGGAUUCAAAUUUUGUUUAUAGAUUGCAUAGGGCUGUCUGCUGGUGAAUUAGAAUUAUCAGUUUAGUUCUCUUCCUGUAAUACGUUGUGAAACCUGAUUUCUCUUUAGUUAGGAUAUAUUUUUAUGUUUUUGCAGUGUCAUAUUUUGUAUGAUGUCUUUCAAAGUUGCAUUUCAGGGCUUUUCAGUGGGAGGUCAUCCAAGGAAAAGGAAAGGAAAGGAAAGGAAAGGAAAGAAUACACAUGGAGUGUAAGAAGGUGGGGUAAAGAUGUGGGCUUGUCUUCUCUGCUUUUUGUAAAUGGAUGGGUUCUAAUGGGCUCAUGGGCCCAAAUCACUUCCUUCCUUUUUCCUUUGUCCAGUAUUCCUUAGCCCAAUUUACACAAGAAUUACAGAUGACAAUUGCCAUGGUUACAACAGUUUGGUAAGAAAAACGCCAAGUUCAGGAUGCUAAUGAACAAAAUAAUGGUAUAAGGAUUGUAAUGAACAAAUUUUCAAAGU